ACACAGUGUACCUUUACACCAGUGGGACGAUUGUAUACUUAAUAGACUUACUGCUUUAUAACACCUCAUUACCUUCCAGCACAUUCCUGCCGUGCUGAUUAAAUAUGGAGAUUUUAUAUUACAUUAUUGUUUUACUUCAAGCAGCGUAUCUUGGAAAUAGUUUUAAAAUUUUAGUCGUGUUCCCUAUGCCGUCUCCAAGUCAUUUUAUUCUUGGGAAUUCAUUGGCUCGCGGAUUAGUUGAAGCAGGACAUGAUGUUACAAUGGUGAGUUCUUUUGAGGACAAAAAUCCACCGAGAAAUGGGAAAUACACCAGCGUUAAACUGGAAGGGAUGAAGGACAUUUUGAAAAGUGCUGAUGAAAACGUCGAUUCGUUCGACUUGGCCGACAUGAAUCCAUUCAAUUUUAUAUCUGUCAUGGAUUUUAUGGGCAACGUGAUCACAAACGCCACUCUUACCAACGCAAACUUCAAAAAACUCAUCAAUUCUGAUCAGAAAUUUGAUGUGGUUAUGAUUGAGCAAUUCAAAAACGAUGCACUUAGAGUGUUAGCAUGCCACUAUCAAGCUCCCUUAGUGAUAAUUAGUACCAUGGAAGCCAACUCAUGGGUGAAUUCAUUGGUUGGAAAUCCAUCACCUCCAUCAUAUAUACCAGAUGUAUUUUUGGGUUACACGAGGAAUAUGAACAUAUGGCAACGCUCAGUGAACUCACUGAUGUACAUAAAGAAGGAGAUCAGUCAUAGACUCUUUUUCACACCGGUUCAAAACGAACUAGCAAGGAAACAUUUUCCCAAAUGUGUCGAUGAAAAUGGCCCUAUUGCCGAUGUAUCUCUUCUGCUUUUGAACUCGCACGAAAGUAUCAAUGAUCCGGUGCCAUAUGUACCCAAUAUGGUAAAUAUUGGUGGAUACCACGUGAACCCACCGAAAAGAUUACCUAAAGACCUCCAAGAGUAUUGUGACAGUGCAGAACAUGGAGUGAUAUACUUCAGCAUGGGUUCUAAUUUGAAAACUUCAAAUAUACCCCAAGACAUUAAACGUGCUAUAUUGAACACUUUACGAAAACUGAAACAAAAGGUACUGUGGAAAUGGGAUGAAGAUCAUGUUCCAGAUAAACCUGAGAACGUUAAGAUGGAAAAAUGGUUUCCACAGCAAGAUAUCCUAGCUCAUCCCAAUGUGAGGUUGUUCAUCACUCAUGGCGGAUUACUGAGUACAACAGAAACAAUCUAUCAUGGUGUACCAAUACUCGCUAUUCCUAUUUAUGGAGAUCAGAAGAUGAAUGCUGCAAAGGCGGUGGCGGCGGAAUAUGGCUUAUCUUUAUCAAUAAACGAGAUAAGCGAGGAAAAGUUAUCCAAUAACAUAAAUGAGCUUCUGAAUGAUCCGAAGUAUAGGGACAAUGCAAAAAGAAGAUCCGCAAUCAUGCACGAUCGAAAAGUGAAGCCCAUGGAUCUUGCAACAUAUUGGAUCGAAUUUGUAGUCCGACACAAAGGAGCACCACAUUUGAGUGUAGCUGCCCUUGAUUUAACUUGGUACCAAUAUUUCCUCGUGGAUAUUGUUCUUCUAGUGGGAGCUGUUGUUGCCAGUUUGAUGCUAGCUUCUUAUUUCAUACUCAAAAAAAUUGUGCUGUUCAAAGGAAAGUAGUAGAAAAAUGAAGACAAAUUAAUAUUU